AUGUCUUCUCCAUUCAAAAACACCCCAGUUGGGAAUGACAGACCUUCAAGUUCUUCACCACCACCUUCUUCUUUGGGAACUGGAUUUGGGAGUAGUAUGGCUGUCAAUAACGAUUCGCAAUCUAUCAUUGAUCCACAGUUCCCAAGUUCCUCUCAACCUAUGGGUAAUAUGAGUGGCAUUGGUAUGGAUUCGACACAAUUCAGUUCGCAGCGUCAAUAUAAUGCUGAAUCUCCACUACCUGAUGACCUACCUAUCCAAGGUAUGAGAAGAAAGAAUAUCAAUCACAUUAAAAAAGUUGACGAUGUAACAGGUGAAAAAGUUCGUGAAGCUUUUGAGCAGUUUUUAGAAGAUUUUUCAAUAACCAAUGAUGAAGGUGAAGUAGACAAAGUAUAUUUAACUCAAAUUGAAUUUAUGAAGAUUUACUAUCUAAAUACCAUUUAUAUUGAUUAUCAACAUUUAUCUUCAAGAGAAAAUGGCGCAUUGGCUAUGGCUAUUUCAGAACAAUAUUAUAGAUUUUUACCUUUCUUACAAAAGGGUUUAAGAAGAAUUAUUAGAAAAUAUGCAAAUUCAUUACUUGUUGAUACUGAGUCACAUCAUAUUGAUGAAAUCGAAGGAGAAAGUCAGGAAGAUAGGACAAUUCGCCUUUCAUCUGUUACGAAUACAGAUGGAGCUUCAGCAGAAAGUCACAAAACAAAAAUAUCAGGGGACUCGGUAACCACUGGCUCUUUACGUCAAGUUGAUCGUAUUUUCCAAAUUAGUUUUUUCAAUUUACCAAUUGUUAAUAGAAUUCGUGAUAUUAAAUCAGAAAAGAUUGGACAUUUGUUAUCCAUAUCGGGUACUGUCACAAGGACUUCAGAAGUUCGUCCAGAAUUAUACAAAGGUAGUUUUACCUGUGAUGUUUGCCGUGCCAUUGUUGAUAAUGUUGAUCAAGCAUUCAAAUAUACAGAACCUACAUUUUGCCCAAAUCCUUCAUGUGAAAACAGAUCAACUUGGACACUUAAUGUCUCACGUUCUAAAUUUUUAGAUUGGCAAAAGGUCAGAGUACAAGAAAAUGCAAACGAAAUUCCAACCGGUUCUAUGCCCCGUACUUUAGAUAUCAUUCUAAGAGGUGACUGUGUUGAAAGGGCAAAACCUGGUGACAGAUGUAAAUUUACAGGUACAGAAAUCGUGGUUCCUGAUGUUACUCAAUUAGGUUUACCUGGUGUCAAAGCUAGUUCUUCACUUGAUUCAAGAGGUGUUAGUAGAUCUUCAGAAGGUCUAAAUACUGGUGUGACUGGUAUUCGUGGACUGGGUGUACGUGAUCUAACAUACAAGAUUAGUUUUUGGUCAUGUCAUGUUGUUAGUAUUGGUUCUAAUGUUAAUAGCCAAGAUCCAGCUGGUCAACAAAAAUCUGAAAAUCUGAUAAAUUACAUGAGUAGCGCAAAUGUGUAUGAAGAAUCAUCAGGUGUUCAAUCGGUCUUCUUAAAUAGUCUUAACUCGGAUGAGAUUAAUGAACUAAAAAACAUGGUUAAAGAUGAACACAUUUAUGAUAAAUUAGUAAGGUCUAUUGCUCCAGCUGUUUUUGGACAUGAAUCUGUUAAAAAAGGUGUCUUAUUACAACUGUUAGGUGGUGUUCAUAAGAGUACAGUUGAAGGUAUAAAAUUAAGAGGUGAUAUCAAUAUUUGUAUUGUCGGUGAUCCAUCAACAUCUAAAUCUCAAUUUUUGAAAUAUGUGACAAGCUUUGCCCCAAGAUCAGUAUAUACCUCUGGUAAAGCUUCAUCGGCAGCUGGUUUAACAGCUGCCGUCGUAAGAGAUGAAGAGGGUGGCGAUUACACGAUCGAAGCUGGUGCUUUAAUGUUAGCUGAUAAUGGUAUUUGUUGUAUCGAUGAAUUCGACAAAAUGGACCUUUCCGAUCAAGUUGCUAUUCAUGAAGCCAUGGAACAACAAACUAUAUCUAUUGCUAAAGCUGGUAUCCAUGCAACCUUGAAUGCCAGAACAUCUAUAUUAGCAGCUGCUAACCCAAUCAAUGGUAGAUAUAAUAGAAAACUAUCAUUAAGAGGUAAUUUAAAUAUGACAGCUCCAAUUAUGUCCAGAUUUGAUUUAUUUUUUGUUAUUCUAGAUGACUGUAAUGAAAAAAUUGAUACAGAAUUAGCUACGCAUAUUGUUGAUUUGCAUAUGAAAAGAGAUGCUGCAAUUGAUCCGCCAUAUACAGCAGAUCAAUUACGUCGUUACAUUAAAUAUGCUAGAACGUUUAAACCUAUUUUAACUAAGGAAGCUCGUGACUUCUUAGUUUCUAAAUAUAAAGAAUUAAGAAACGAUGAUGCUCAAGGUUAUAGUAGAUCGAGUUAUAGAAUUACAGUUAGACAGUUAGAAAGUAUGAUCAGACUAUCAGAAGCUAUAGCUAGAGCAAACUGUAUUGAUGAGAUUACGCCUGCAUUUGUUGCUGAAGCGUUUGAUUUAUUAAAGCAAAGUAUUAUUAGAGUUGAUGUUGAUGAUAUCGAAAUAGACGAUGACGAUAUUGAAGAAGCUGGCAAAACUGAAAACAAUAACAAUCAAGAUGGAGGUGACAGUAAUAAUGAUAACAAUAGUAGAGAAGCCAGCGCUGACGAUAAGCAAGAUGGCGAUAACGAUGAUGAUGAUAAGACUAAUGGUGAUGAUCCUAAUAAUCGUGGUAGUAGGUCUGCCAUUGAUAAUGGUGGCAGUGGUAGCACUACUACUACUAGAAAGAAGAUUUCAAUCACUUAUGAUAAAUAUAUUUCAACUAUGAAUUUGAUUGUACGUAAAAUUGCUGAAAUUGAAAAAGCCGAUACAAAUGAAAAUGUUGAAGGAAAUCAAAAUUUCGGAUCAAACAUUAAUGAACAAUUAACUGGUAAUUCAAUUGUUGAUUGGUAUUUAUCACAAAGACAAGAUGAAUUUUCCGAUGAACAGGAAUACUGGGAAGAAAGAAAAUUAACAUUCAAAAUAAUGAAAAGAUUAGUUAAAGAUAGAAUCUUAAUGGAGAUUCAUGGUACAUCUACGAAUUUGAACGAUGUGAUGGAUAUUGAUUCAAUUAACGCUGUGAACAAUUCUAAUGUUGAUAGAGAAAAAGUCGUUUACGUGAUACAUCCAAAUUGUGAAAUUUUAGAUAUAUUAGAUCCUCAAGAUGUCAUUAACGAUAAUGAACUAAUUCAAAAUGACACAAAAACAGUUUAA